AUGGAUGUUGCCGCAGCGUCAAAGCACACGCACACGUGCACGCACACGCAGCAGGCGCACUCUGAGACAGCGCACCGACGACGGCCACCGCAGUCAAUCCUGAUCAAACGUGACGUGGUUUCGGAGUGGAAGAAACGUUUGGGCAGUGAAUACGAGAUAAUUUCUGUGGACUUGCUUGUGGUGGCUCAAGCGAAUCUGGACAGCAGUAAUAGUCUGGCGACGGAUGGCAAACAGACGACGAUGAGCAGUAAGACGUAUCAGACGACGAGUGCCGAAGGGGGUGUGUUGGGUAUAUCGCUCGAGGGGACGGUGGACGUGCUGAACGGAACGCAGCUCUGCCCACAUCACUAUAUCGAAUCGCUAAGAGCCGGAGGACCAGCGGCCAACUCGAAUGUGCUCAGAUCUGGCGACGAGUUAUUGCAGGUGAACGAAGUGGUACUGUACGGCGAGUCCCAUGUUACGGUACGCCAGGCACUGAGUAAGGCGGCACUCUACAGUAAUCGCGUCAGACUUACUGUAGCGCGCAAAGCGCACACAGUGAAUGUUUUCGUGCCGAGACCCGAGCAGAGUCUGCCCCUGGCCUAUUCGCUGCUGGCCGCGGCCGCCUCAGACGAUCGCCUCGUCAAGGCCAAAUCCGAGACGUGCCUACCGACCGUACGCGACCAAACGGCUGCCAUUCUGGAGCAAGUAUCAGAACGCCUCCGUUCAAGGUCGCUCCAACCGCUGUCGGGUUUAGCAAUCUGGAAAUGUGUCCCAAUGAUAGUCUAUUUGGAAAAGGACAGCAAAGGCCUCGGAUUUUCUGUUAUUGAUUACCAGGAUCCAUUGCACCCAGGCGAGUCGGUAAUUGUGAUAAGGUCGCUGGUUCCCGGAGGUCAAGCCCAGGCAGACGGUCGUAUUGUGCCUGGUGAUCGUUUGAUGUUCGUGAACGAUGAAGAUCUCUCGAACUGCUCGUUGGACUACGCGGUGAACGUGCUGAAGUCCACUCCGAAGGGUUUGGUCAGGCUGGGCAUUGCUAAGCCAGUGCCCAUUGACCAGGUUUUGUUUUUUUAUUUAUUAUUAUUAUUAUAUACAUUAUUUAUUAUUGUAUAUAUA